GUCCCAGUUGCCCAUUGUCAAUAAUGUGUGACAACGUUAAUUGCCCAGUCUACCAGGGUCUGCGCAAGGUCUUACUGCACAGCGCAUCGUUUUAUCAUUUAACUGCGAAAAUUUUGAUUUCUCAAAGAGCAAGGAAUAAGCGACAGCAUCAUGGACUGUUUCCUAAAAAGAAAAGCCCCACAAGAACCGAACUUCAUUGACAAUAAAACGGAGCCUCAGCCUACUACUUCACUUGAGCUUUCGUCCGCCUGCUCUGACUCUGCACCAAAGGGCGCAAAGGUAGGCGACAUGUACAGUGCCUUGCGAAAGUAUCUGGCCCCCUUGAACCUUUCAACCUUUCGCCACAUUUCAGGCUUCAAACAUAAAGAUAUAGAAUUUUAAUAUUUUGUCAAGAAUCAACAACAAGUGGGACACAAUCGUGAAGUGGAACAAAAUUUAUUGGAUAAUUUAAACUUUUUUAACAAAUAAAAAACUGAAAAGUGGGGCGUGCAAUAUUAUUCGGCCCCUGUUACUUUCAGUGCAGCAAACUCACUCCAGAAGUUCAGUGAGGAUCUCUGAAUGAUCAAAUGUUGUCCUGAAUGACUGAUGAUGAUAAAUAGAAUCCACCUGUGUGUAAUCAAGUCUCUGUUUAAAUGCACCUGCUCUGUGAUAGUCUCAUGGUUCUGUUUAAAGCGCAGAGUCAUCAUGAAGACCAAGGAACACACCAGGCAGGUCCAAGAUACUGUUGUGGAGAAGUUUAAAACCGGAUUUGGAUACAAAAAGAUUUCCCAAGCUUUAAACAUCUCAAGGAGCACUGUGCAAGCAAUCGUAUUGAAAUGGAAGGAGUAUCAGACCACUGCAAAUCUACCAAGACCCGGCCGUCCCUCCAAACUUUCAUCUCAAACAAGGAGAAGAUUGAUCAGAGAUGCAGCCAAGAGGCCCAUGAUCACUCUGGAUGAACUGCAGAGAUCUACAGCUGAGGUGGGAGAGUCUGUCCAUAGGACAACAAUCAGUCGAACACUGCACAAAUCUGGCCUUUAUGGAAGAGUGGCAAGAAGAAAGCCAUUUCUCAAAGAUAUCCAUAAAAAGUCUCGUUUAAAGUUUGCCACAAGCCACCUGGGAGACGCACCAAACAUGUGGAAGAAGGUGCUCUGGUCAGAUGAAACCAAAAUUGAACUUUUUGGCCACAAUGCAAAACGAUAUGUUUGGCGUAAAAGCAACACAGCUCAUCACCCUGAACACACCAUCCCCACUGUCAAACAUGGUGGUGGCAGCAUCAUGGUUUGGGCCUGCUUUUCUUCAGCAGGGACAGGGAAGAUGGUUAAAAUUGAUGGGAAGAUGGAUGGAGCCAAAUACAGGACCAUUCUAGAAGAAAACCUGUUGGAGUCUGCAAAAGACCUGAGACUGGGACGGAGAUUUAUCUUCCAACAGGACAAUGAUCCAAAACAUAAAGCCAAAUCUACAAUGGAAUGGUUCACAAAUAAACGUGUCCAGGUGUUAGAAUGGCCAAGUCAAAGUCCAGACCUGAAUCCAAUCGAGAAUCUGUGGAAAGAGCUGAAGACUGCUGUUCACAAACGCUCUCCAUCCAACAUCACUGAGCUUGAGCUGUUUUGCAAGGAAGAAUGGGCAAGAAUUUCAGUCUCUCGAUGUGCAAAACUGAUAGAGACAUACCCCAAGCGACUUGCAGCUGUAAUUGCAGCAAAAGGUGGCGCUACAAAGUAUUAACGCAAGGGGGCCGAAUAAUAUUGCACGCCCCACUUUUCAGGGUUUUUUUUGUUAAAAAAGUUUAAAUUAUCCAAUAAAUUUUGUUCCACUUCACGAUUGUGUCCCACUUGUUGUUGAUUCUUGACAAAAAAUUAGAAUUUUAUAUCUUUAUGUUUGAAGCCUGAAAUGUGGCGAAAGGUUGAAAGGUUCAAGGGGGCCGAAUACUUUCGCAAGGCACUGUAAGUGUGAGCGUGAGCCUGCGCACGGCGUGCAUGUAGACCUAUCUCUCCUCCUCUCAUUGCGGACUUGUGUGUGUGUGUGUGUGUGUGUGUGUGGAUGGAUGGAUGGAAAGAAAAAUUCAUCCUUUUUUAUAUUAGUUUGUAUUAUGCUCUGUUUAUUAGUUGAAGAGGACUAUGGACAAACUGGACAUUAUGGAUGAUGCCAGUCACCUCUGCACACCGUCAUCAUCAACCAAAGGAGCCCGUUCAGUGACAGACUGCUCCUUCCCAAGUGCUGGACUGACAGACUGAAAAUCUCCAGACUGCACAACUCCUCUCUGGGGAUGAGAAGGAGGAGGAGGAGGGGUAACAAGAGGACAGAGGAUGGGAAGGAGCAUCAGCAGCAGUAUUAGUAGUAGUAAUAUGCAAAUGUCUAUAGCUUUAUAUCUUACUUUUUGUCCA